CUCAGUCUGAGCAGGUUGUCACACAGAGCUGGGCUUAGUUCUGCAGGAUUCUUAUUACUAUGGCUCCCAGGAGAAUAGAAACUAAACCCAUGAUCAUCUGCUUGAAGACUUUGCUGCUGCUCUACUCCUUCAUCUUCUGGGUGACAGGUGUGGUGCUGCUGUCUGUGGGGCUGUGGUGGAGGUUCAUGCUGGGUCCCUACACGCUGCUGGUGUCCAAUGGACCCUGCUACGCUCCGUAUGUCCUCACCGGAACCGGAGCCACCAUUGUCCUGUUUGGAUUGUUUGGCUGCUUUGCCACCUGCAGGGGGCGCCCCUGGAUGUUGAACCUGUUUGCUGUUUUUCUGUCUCUGGUCUUCAUGAUUGAACUAAUUGCUGGAAUCUCCGGGUUCAUCUUUCGUCAUGAGAUCAAGGAGAACUUCCUCACCACAUACAGCGAGGCAGUGAUGAAGUACGAUGGACGAGACGACAGGAGUCUGGCUGUGGACAGUGUCCAGCGCAGACUGCACUGCUGUGGAGUGGGUAACUACACCAGCUGGUUCAGCAGUGUCUAUUUCCCUGUCAGUGGGGUUCCUGCCAGCUGCUGCAUUAGUCUGUCUGACUGCAGGGGGGCUGACUUGAAAAAUGAAACUGUGGUUGCACAUAAAGUCUACAAACAGGGCUGUUAUGAGUUGGUGACAUCUUUUGUAGAGAGCAAUGUGGGAACCAUUGCUGGAGUAACCUUUGGCAUUUCCUUCUCUCAGGUAAUAGGGUUGUUUCUGGCCUGUUGUUUAUCUCGUGUAAUCCACUCCAACCAGUAUGAGAUGGUCUGACAGAAAGCACAUAUGGAUGCAACUCACCAUGAAAACCUGAGGACGGACCCACAGAGCAUUGUUGAUAAACACAACUAUUCAACAUUUAUUUUGUAUUUAUUUUAGUUUACAAGCAUAGAAAACACAUAAACUUGUUUAAAUUUG